AUGCACGUGCACAACAGUGGGAAUUCUUGGAGGAGGUAUGUGUCCGCGCUUUUGUUCACUGGUGCGUUUGUGAACGCGGUUAUUGCCGUAACUCAUUAUUCUGUUCCAGAAGAACUGGAGGAGGGCUCGAUUGUCGCCAACUUAGCUUCCGAUUUAGGUUUAGACGUGAAGACUCUGAGUAGGCGAAAGAUGCGGUUAGACAAUAUAUCCGGCAAGAGAUAUCUGGAUGUGAACAAAGAAACAGGAGAGCUUUACAUCGUUGAGAGGAUUGACAGGGAGUACCUAUGUGCAAUUAAGACAACGACAUGUUACCUCAAAAUGGAGGCAACUCUGGAGAGCCCGCAGAGAAUAUUUUACAUCGAAAUUGAAAUAACUGAUAUCAAUGACAACCCUCCUCACUUUCGACGAGACACUAUAAACUUGGACAUCAUGGAAUCAACCCCAGCUGGUGAGAGAUUCUCCGUUAACAACGCUGUUGACCCUGAUCUUGGCUCAAAUUCAGUCAAAACAUACCUUCUGGGCGAAAAUGAACACUUUGACAUAGAAAUUCAAACCGGAAGAGACGGAUCAAAAUUUGCUGAUUUGAUAUUAAAAAAGGGUUUGGACCGAGAAAAGCAAGCCGUCCACAAUUUGAUACUAACUGCUGUGGAUGGCGGAGCCCCCACUCGCACUGGCACAGCCAGCAUCAUUGUUCGUGUGCUCGAUACGAAUGACAACGCCCCAACUUUCGAAAAAGAUAAUUAUGCGAUUAAUAUUAUGGAAAAUUCUCCUGUUGGAACUCUUGUCAUUAAACUGAAUGCUACAGAUUUAGACGACGGGACAAAUGCACAGAUCGAAUACACAUACAGCCUGUACACGUCAGAAAAAACACAAGGAACAUUUAACUUAAAUCCAUCCACUGGUGAAAUAACAGUGAAGGGAAUGCUAAAUUAUGAAGAUAUUCGGAAUUAUGAAAUGGAAAUCAUAGCAAUGGACAAGGGAAUCAACAGCUUAUCAGGGCAGUGCAAAAUCAAAAUUUCAGUAGCAGACAUGAAUGACAACCACCCAGAAAUAUCCAUUAAAUCAUUUCAAAGUCCGAUCAAAGAAAAUGAGCCAAUAGACACAGUGAUCGCUGUAGUUAGUGUCAGUGACAAAGACUCAGGGGACAACGGAGUGGUUGAUCUUCAUAUUCCAGAUAAUAUGCCUUUUAAACUGAGGGAAUCGUCUGAUAACUAUUAUGAAUUAGUCGUGUCAGAGCCGUUAGACCGUGAGAAGGUUCCAGAAUAUGACGUGACUUUCACUGUUACAGACAGAGGUUCUCCUCCUUUAUCUGACAAUGAAACUAUGACGUUGGAACUGCUGGAUGUGAAUGACAAUGUUCCACAGUUCCCUCAGUCAUUUUAUACUAUCCGUGUGAUGGAGAAUAACGCACCUGGGGCCUUGCUCAGUUCCCUCACUGCGUUUGACCCUGACCUCCAUGAAAACCAGUAUCUGGUGUAUUUCAUCCUGGAGAAGGAGAUAGCCAACACCUCCAUGUCCAUGCUGUUCUCCAUCAAUCCAGAGAACGGGAAUCUUUACGCACUGAAAACUUUUGACUAUGAGAUCGAGAAGGAGUUUCUUUUCCACAUCGAGGCCAGAGACUCUGGCUCUCCUCCACUCAGCAGCAACGUGACGGUCCACAUCAUCAUUGUGGACCAGAACGACAACGCUCCGGUGAUUGUCUCUCCGUGGCGCGCGCACGGCUCGGUGGUGGAGGAAAAGAUGCCCAGAUCCACCGACAAAGGCUCUCUGGUUGCCAAGGUGAUAGCCUUAGACACCGACUCGGUGCACAACUCUCGGAUUACCUACCAGUUUCUCCAGGUGACUGACGCCACCUUGUUCAGUCUGGACCAAUACAACGGAGAGAUCCGGACUAUGAGGAUGUUCAGUUACAGAGAUCCGCGCCACCAGAGACUGGUUGUUGUUGCCAAGGACAACGGGGAGCCUGCCCUCUCUGCUACAGUCACCAUCAAGCUGUCCACAGUGGAGACUGCCGUGAAGGCCUACUCUGACAUGACGGAGGUGCCUCUAGAAUACGACAUCUUCUCAGACCUAAACCUGUAUUUGGUCAUCGGUCUGGGCUCGGUGUCAUUUCUCCUGCUCAUCACCAUAUUAGUCACCAUCGUGCUCAAGUGUCAGAAACCCAAGGCCAGCAAAGCGGCUCCUCCCUGCAGGAACAGUGUGAUCAGUGAGAGGAACUCCACCAUCGCAGAUUCCACUCUGGUGUCCAACGAUGCCUACUGGUACAGUCUGUUUCUAGCGGAGACCAGGAAAGGAAAGCUGGUGGUGAGACAGCCUGUGCCAAAGGGCUCCAGAUACAUCGUGUCCAGUAUUCCAAGAGGAACAGGACUGACAGACACGAGUGACUCUGCAGCUUCAACUCUGCAGACCGGGAGAGACGGGACAAAGUUUGCGGAUUUGAUUCUGAAAAAAGCUUUAGACAGAGAGCAGCAGGCAGUUCAUAAUCUGAUACUGACAGCAGUGGACGGUGGAGUCCCCACGCGCACAGGUACAGCCAGCAUCAUUGUUCGCGUGCUUGAUGUGAACGACAACGCCCCUUCAUUUGACAAAGACAAAUACGUCGUGGAUGUGAUGGAAAACUCCCCGAUUGGCAGUCUGGUGACAGAUAUGAAUGACAACCACCCAGAAAUAUCCAUCAAAUCAUUUCAAAGUCCGAUCAAAGAAAAUGAGCCAAUAGACACAGUGAUCGCUGUAGUUAGUGUCAGUGACAAAGACUCAGGGGACAACGGAGUGGUUGAUCUUCAUAUUCCAGAUAAUAUGCCUUUCAAACUGAGGGAAUCCUCUGAUAACUAUUAUGAAUUAGUUGUGUCAGAGCCGUUAGACCGUGAGAAGGUUCCAGAAUAUGACGUGACUUUCACUGUUACAGACAGAGGUUCUCCUCCUUUAUCUGACAAUGAAACUAUGACGUUGGAACUGCUGGAUGUGAAUGACAAUGUUCCACAGUUCCCUCAGUCAUUUUAUACUAUCCGUGUGAUGGAGAAUAACGCACCUGGGGCCUUGCUCAGUUCCCUCACUGCGUUUGACCCUGACCUCCAUGAAAACCAGUAUCUGGUGUAUUUCAUCCUGGAGAAGGAGAUAGCCAACACCUCCAUGUCCAUGCUGUUCUCCAUCAAUCCAGAGAACGGGAAUCUUUACGCACUGAAAACUUUUGACUAUGAGAUCGAGAAGGAGUUUCUUUUCCACAUCGAGGCCAGAGACUCUGGCUCUCCUCCACUCAGCAGCAACGUGACGGUCCACAUCAUCAUAGUGGACCAGAACGACAACGCUCCGGUGAUUGUCUCUCCGUGGCGUGCGCACGGCUCGGUGGUGGAGGAAAAGAUCCCCAGAUCCACCGACAAAGGCUCUCUGGUUGCCAAGGUGAUAGCCUUAGACACCGACUCGGUGCACAACUCUCGGAUUACCUACCAGUUUCUCCAGGUGACUGACGCCACCUUGUUCAGUCUGGACCAAUACAACGGCGAGAUCCGGACUAUGAGGAUGUUCAGUUACAGAGAUCCGCGCCACCAGAGACUGGUUGUUGUUGCCAAGGACAACGGGGAGCCUGCUCUCUCUGCUACAGUCACCAUCAAGCUGUCCACAGUGGAGACUGCCGUGAAGGCCUACUCUGACAUGACGGAGGUGCCUCUAGAAUACGACAUCUUCUCAGACCUAAACCUGUAUUUGGUCAUCGGUCUGGGCUCGGUGUCAUUUCUCCUGCUCAUCACCAUAUUGGUCACCAUCGUGCUCAAAUGUCAGAAACCCAAGGCCAGCAAAGCGACUCCUCCCUGCAGGAACAGUGUGAUCAGUGAGAGGAACUCCACCAUCGCAGAUUCCACUCUGGUGUCCAACGAUGCCUACUGGUACAGUCUGUUUCUAGCAGAGACCAGGAAAGGAAAGCUGGUGGUGAGACAGCCUGUGCCAAAGGGCUCCAGAUACAUCGUGUCCAGUAUACCAAGAGGAACAGGACUGACAGACACGAGUGACUCUGCAGCGUCCACUCUGCAGUCUGUUAUGGGAGACUGGUUGGCACAGGGGGCUGUGCGCUGGAGGUUGUGGGUCGGGGAGGGGUAG